ACUCGAACGGAACGGGUCGUCCAUUCGUCCCGUAACCGUCCCGUCGCAGACCGUUCCUCGCGUCCGUUCGCGUACGCCAAAAACCUCUCUCGCCGACCGGAGAUCACGUGGAAACGGAGGCGCCGGCCACCGAGGAAAAGUCGUGUGGACGCGACAGAAGCGCGUGCAGGAUCCCCGGCGAUACGUGGGUCCUCGAUCGGUUCGCGUUUUAAGAUGACCGCCUCGGCACCGUCUCCCCCGUGUUCCUCUCGCUCCUCACUUGCCUCGUGGUCCACGCCGUCGUCGUCGUCGCCGACGUUGCCGUCGUGCCGCCCGAAAUCGCAGUUACCCUCCCGCAGAAAGAAGAAACCGAACCGGUGGACGACCGACCCAGGCUACCCCCUUCGCGUUCGCGGGAGGAUCUGAAUCCUCGGCGAGAACUUGAAGAAGAAGACGAAGAAGAAGAAAAAGAAGAAGAAAAAGAAGAAGAAACAGAAGAAGAGGAAUCUUUGGGACAAUUUAUAGUUUCCGGAAAGUAUUGUGAAUUGAGCGUACAGUUAACCAUCUUGUUAGUAAGUGCGAGUGCGAGUGUACCCGUCGCCGACAAGACGCGGUCUGGUACUUUUAGGGUGCGUUUAGGUUACCACUUCUCAACGGAACAGUUAUUCUUAUCUAAUGACAUCGUUAAUACUGCACCGUCUGCACAGUUGAACGAUAACAACAGUGCCCGCGCCAGUUUGAAAGCUAGGUGCAGCUAGGGGCUGCAUCAGAAGCGCGAACCGUGAAACGUGAGCGCAGGUGGAGAACCCAAAUAAACGGAGUAGCAAAGGAAUUCCAGCCUUCGCGAGUCGUAGAAGGUAGCAGAGGAGAAGGCGGGGGAAAGGGAAAGAGGGACAUACGCGCAGCACCGUGAACGAGGGAAAAGGGAGCGGUCGAAGGGAGGCGGGAAGGUGGAAUAGAGGAAUCUUAGGGGAUCGUGUGCGGGCCGAGCGUGCGAGGUGGUGCUCCCCGGACGGAGACAUCGCGGCGGGUCGGCCGCGAACUUGCAUCACGAGCCGGCUAUGGGAAAGCUGGCAACGACUGGUGGACGCGUGACCCGUGAUAACGAGGAACAGGAGGCAUCGGUGUGCUGGUGCGGGCCAAGCGGCGCCAGUUCCGGCCGCGCAUUCGUCGCGGUCCCCAUACGCGGGAUCGCUCCCGGCCGCGGCGGCGUCGUUCCGAGAACCGUCGAACUGACCGCGCCACCACCGGAACCGGAUCAAGGAGAACGCGUUCGCGAGUGCGCCACGCCGUCGUCGCAUCCGGACGAUCCUCGGCUUACGUCUGUCAACUGUGAACAUGCCGAUCUCGGGAACACCGAUGUCAGAGAUCGAAGGUUAGCUUCAAGGUUCUCUAAAGGUGAUCGUUUCGGGCUACCGACGACCCAACGACCUAGACCAAUUGAUCCCUGUUUCCUCGAUCGCGAAGAGACUCUAGUUUCUAUCGAGACGGUAGCGAGCGACCUGCCUUUUGCUGUUGCCCACGUGACCGGAGACGCGGACUGGCCAGCGUGUAACUCGGUUUUCGGUCGAUCGGUCGACGCUUCGCGUUCUUCGGGAUUCAAAGACAGUAUCGAAGGUUCACCGGUGGCUGAUAGGCACCGCAGAACGUCCCAGAGGAGUCGGUCGAGCACCGUUCUCCUGGCGGCGAUGGCGAUCCUCGCGAUCUGCUGCUCGCCCGUGGCGGGCGUGCCGAUGCCGGGCCCGCUGUCGCGAACCGGUCCCCGACACGACCUCGCCGACUCGACCGGUCUCGAGGACGUCUACGAGGACGCGUUCGAGGACGUUUUCCGAGAAGAGGACCGGCCGACGACGGGCACCGUCCUCGACGAGACCGAGCUGGAUAUCAUACGGCGCAGCAUCGCGAGGGGACUCGGUUUGGAGAGGAUACCGGACCCUUCUAAGGCAAACGUGAGCCAAGCCGAGUACGAGAGAGCGCACAGAGAGUACCUGAAGAAAGUUCACCUGUCCUCCAACGAGGAAACUUCGAAAAGCAGGAAAAGUCUGCACGUGUUCCACGCCACAGCGCAUCCUGGAAAUGGAUCGACUCGGAUCCACAGGCCGGACGACAGAGAGGGACAACAUCGUCACCGGCUGUUCUUUCCCGUGGAAAUUCCUGAGACAGAAGGGAACGCGUCGGUGGAUCACGCGACGCUGCGACUGUUGCUGCACGGUCAUUACAGCGGGCGAUCCGACGUGGAUGUUCAGCUCUACCAGAGAGCACACGGGUCGAGGAGGCUGAUCGUGCGAAAGAGGAUCGCUGUCGAAGAUCCGCGGGAUACCAGAUGGCUGGAGCUAGACGCGACCAUGGCGGUGUCCUCGUGGUUGGAGGCUGGCCACGAGAAUCUCGGCCUGGAGCUAGAGUUUUUAUUGGAGGACAAGCCAGUGCGACGCACCUUCUCGUCGCCUGUCCUCAACGUGUUCACGGAAGCUUCCUUGGAAACAGGCGGCAGGUCCAAGCGAUCCACGCCGGAGGAGCUGAUGUCCUUGCACAAAGGCCGCAGGACCAAGUGCAAAGGUGAGAGCAAGAAGUGCUGCAGACACGAGCUGACCGUGAUGUUCAAAGACCUGAAGGGUUUCGACUUCAUCGUCUACCCGAAAACUUUCGACGCCGGCUACUGCAAGGGUCGAUGCCCGCCCAGGUACAACCCGGCCCAUCAUCACGCUCUGCUGCAGAGCCUCUUGUGGAAAGAGGACAAGAAGAAGGUGCCCAAACCGUGUUGCGCGCCCAGCAAACUCGAUCAGUUGAUGAUCGUCUACUUCGACGAGAACAACGCCACCCAGCUCAAAGUCUCUUACUGGAAGAACAUCCAGGUGCUCGAGUGUGCCUGCUCCUGAAGAACUCGUAUGAUCCUCGUGCUGGUUCGAGCGGAAGUUAGCGUUAGAGCGCGCGUGCCUGGCGCUCGUGGGGUGACAGGGGUUGAAUACGGUUUUUGAUGGUUGAAAUGGACCUAAGGAUCGAAAUGAUGUUAGAACGGUUAAAAGUGGAGGUGAUUGUAGUCUGCGUUGGUUUUUUGUUUGCCAGGUCAUGUGCUGAGUCCGCAUCUUUGAAAUUUUGUCCGGGUUGCGUCUGGAUGAACAUCGUUAACGUAAAAUUCAAAGUUUCCUGUGUAAUUGUAGUUUUAAAGUGUAUGAUAGUUACGAGCAAAAAGCAAACGGUUGCAUAAGAAAAUUCGUAUGGAGUACGUACGUAGGGUUUUCCCAGAGUCAUAAACGCGAUGACUUGGUUUACAAUGAAUUCUGUAUCACUUCUGAAAAUAUAAUACUGGGAAAAUUCGUUACGUCAUUCGGAUUUUAAACGCAUUAUUGUUUCGUGAAUUACUCGUUAUUCAGAAAAUCUUUCGGUUAGUACUUACUGCAUCAUUUUGGUUCUUUGCAACUGUUUCAUAGAGAGUCUUUAUACAACCGUUAACCGUUUCAACCCCAGGAUACAGCGGACAGAAAUGUUUACGAAGGAACGAAAAUCCACCAAAGAAUCGUCCGAAUAGCGUUCGGUGGUGCCGCUUCGUGGUCGUUCCUCGCAGUGUAGCAAUCGCUUUUUUCCUUGUCACGUUCUAAUCAUUCCAUGCAAGUUAUCGAGUUAUUCGAAAGUACACCUCAAUAUAAUAAUACAUUAAGGUAUAAUCUAUUUCUCGAAAGAAAUCUCAAACCAUCUUUCACUUUAAGUAUGCAAAUAGCAUCAACGUGAAGUGAUCGUAUUUAAAUGAACAGGUAUUAUGGUCAUGAUAGCCUUUUCUUCCAGAAACAGACUAUAAACCUAAUAAAUUUAAUGACUUUCACGGGUCUCUCUAAAGUGAGCGUUACUUUUUGUAGAUACAAAUAUUCCAAAUUAUUUUCAAUGGUCUGCAGUACUCGUUCCUAACAAGGCAUGAAUUUUCGAAGUAGAGUUUCACAUGCUUUGGUACCACGUUGAGAUGAGAAGUUGGCUAGUGCAAGGAAUGCGGGUCUGAUUGGUUAUUGGGCACGCGUAUUUUCGUUAUUGGCCGAAGCGGUAAUGUCAACGAAUCGGAUCAUGUAACAGAUGCAAUCAGGCGAAGCGAGGGGAAUACCUCUCUGUCCCUGUGCCGUUCCACUAACCAACUUCCCAUCCGUGAACAGUACUUGUAUUUUGCUUCAGCUUUCUACUAGUGUUGCUUAAAUAUGUAUCUGAUGUCUUCUCGCUCACGAGCAAGUACCCCUCAGUUGUAGCUCUUGGAUAGUUGAACUCACUUUGCCAGUGCCUAUGAGACCUGUUCAAGUUAACAAAAAAAAGUAAAAGGGUACCUAGUAUCUAGGGCCUGCGCAUAUCAUAAUACGAGCUUAUUAUUUGGUAAAUUACAGCUUUUAACAUUAAAACUAUCAGACAAGUCAAAAUGACUCAUUCCUAAUUUCUUUUUGCGAUUAUAGAAAAGAUAACACCCUACUAAAGAAAUUGAUUUCGUAAUACACGACCUGAUUUAUAAAUUAAUAGAAAUCUCAACAUGCGCAGACUUGGAGUUUCCAUAGAAAAAUUUCAAAAAAUUAAUUUGACUGCUCGGUGGUUCUUAGUAUUAAGUCACUGUAGUCGUCCCACCGACUAUAAAACGCUAUCAUUGCAUGGACGAGGAAGUUUCCUGUAUCGAUGAACGGCUACGAACUGGAUACCAGGCAUCAUCGAAAGCCCAGACCCCAUAAUCGUGGGUCUUAAAUUGACUGUGAUACUAAGAUAUCUGCUUGACAU